CUCCAGGAGGCCUUUGAGGACGUGGCGCUGUACUUCAACCAGAAGGAGUGGGAGCUACUGGGAGAUGGAGACAAAGUGCUUUAUCAGGACCAGAUGCUGAGUAAUUACCAAGCCCUUGUUUCCCUGGGAUAUCAAGGUCCCACACCAGACUUGAUCAACUGCAUCCAGGGAGGGGAAGUGGAGCUCUGGGUCUGUGAUGUUGAAGACCCUGGAGAAAGCACAUUGUCUGAGGGCCUGUUCCCAGUACACCAGCGCAUCCACACUGGGGAGAAGCCCUACCGCUGCAGCCAGUGUGGGAAGUGCUUCCGCCAGAGCUCUGCUCUCAUCCAGCACCAGCACAUCCAUGGUGAGGAGAAGCUAUGCUGCCUGGAGUGUGGAAAGAGCUUCAACAGCCCAUCCCACUUGCGAGUGCACCAGCAUCUGCACACCAGGAAGAAGCCCCAUCACUGUGUCCACUGUGGGAAGAGCUUCACCUGCCUGUCCAAUCUCCAGUCCCACCAGCGUCUGCACACAGGGGAGAAGGUGUAUGGUUGUGUUCAGUGCCCAAAGAGCUUCACCCGCUUGUCCAACCUCCAAUCCCACCAGCGUGUGCACACUGAGGAGAAGCCCUAUCGCUGCACUCAGUGUGAGAAGAGCUUCACCCACCCAUCCAGUCUCCGUGUCCACCAGCAUCUGCACACAGGGGACAAGCCAUAUGGCUGUGGCAAGUGCAAGAAGCACUUCAGGUCUAGCUCAGAUCUCACCAAGCACCAGCGCACCCACAGAUGA